ACGUACGAACUCCACUCUACAAAGCGCCGUCAGGCAGAGGGCAUAAGUAUCCAUUAUUGUAUGACCAAAUUUACCUAAAUCUUGUAAUUUAAUGUUAAAAGAAAAUCCCAAAUUUCCAGUUAGAUAUUGAAGAUUCCUUUGAAAAUUCAGCACCCUACUCGUUAAUCUCCGCGCUUCCAUUCCACGCGCCACUCCCCCACCACCCCUAAGACUCCUCCCGCAGUUUCACCUUUCAUCUCUUUGUUUAUUUUCUCUGCAAAAAGCCAAAAAGAAGAUCUGAAUACAAGAAAAAAAAGAUAAAGGUUGCUACUUUGUUUAUCAACAACAGGUAUGCGAUAAAUUUAUUUGCUGGGAGGAGGAUAUUUUAAUUCACGGAAAUAAUGGGCGGAGUGACCUCAACGAUCGCAUCUAAGUUCGCGUUCUUCCCGCCGACCCCGCCGUCGUAUACGGUGGCGGCUGACGAGUCGUGUGGUGGAGCUCUUUGCAUACCGGAGGUACCACGGAGGGAUGAAGUCGAAGUUUUGAAGCUGAGGACCCGGCGGGGCAACGAUAUCGUGGCGGUUUACGUCACCCACCACAAGGCCAACGCUACACUGCUAUACUCCCACGGAAACGCCGCCGAUUUGGGGCAGAUGUACGAGUUAUUCGUGGAGCUCAGCCUUCGCCUACGCGUAAAUCUCAUGGGGUAUGAUUAUUCGGGCUACGGACGGUCCACUGGAAAGCCAACUGAAUGUAAUACCUACGCAGACCUUGAUGCUGUAUAUAAAUGCCUCAAGGAGCAGUAUGGGGUUAAAGACGAACAAAUAAUACUCUAUGGUCAGUCUGUUGGUAGCGGUCCCACUGUUGAUCUUGCAUCACGCGUACCAAACUUGAGAGGGGUUGUUUUACAUAGCCCAAUUUUGUCUGGGUUAAGGGUGUUGUACCCUGUAAAGCGGACAUAUUGGUUUGAUAUAUACAAGAAUAUUGAUAAAAUUGGAGCAAUAAACUGUCCAGUUCUUGUCAUUCAUGGAACGGCAGAUGAAGUUGUUGAUUGCUCCCACGGGAAGCAGCUUUGGGAGCUUUGCAAGGUAAAAUAUGAACCUAUAUGGAUAAAUGGAGGUGGGCAUUGCAAUCUGGAAGUUUAUCCCGAGUUCAUUAAACAUCUGAAAAAGUUUGUGCUGGCUCUUGGGAAAUCGAAGCCACCUAUUGAUGGUUCUAAAACUGCAUCAUUAGACUCUGACAAUGAUAAUAAAUCAACCACUAGCAAUACCACGGACACAUUGCAAACAGAUCUACCGGAUUUAUCUAGGAACAGUUUGGAUAGUCGACUUGACAAGUCAAAGAAGUUGAGCAAGCCUGAAAAGUCUCGAAUGAGUACAGACCGUGCUGACAGGUUGAGGAGGAAAAAAGGCUUGAUAUGGUGAUUUGUUUAACGCACAUUAAUUUACAUACCUUCCUCAACUGAGAGUAGUAUCAGGGUUUCUCUGCAUCAUUUCGUGAGUGCUUAUGGUAUAAGUUAUCUUUGAUCGUAUAAGCUUGAGGGUGAAGGAUGACCUCGAGAGGAAAAUAAGAACUUGUGCAUUUGUUUUUUCUCUUGAAAAUUUUGUGGAUAACUUUGAUGUGAGCGACAUGCGGUUUCAGCUGUUUUCAUAUCUUCAAAUAUGUAUAUUAGUCUCAUUUUUUCCCCCUCCUUUCAGGUUUGCUGUUCCAAAAUGUUAAACAUACUGUUAGCCUUGAACUGUUCACCAAUAUCUAUGUGACUGCUUCCAAUA